AAAAAUUGUUUUUAUUUUUCGGUCACUUUAAGGAGAAAAUAGUAUAAAUUGAGGAAUUGUCAGCUUGCUAUAAUGGAGAAGCUGCGCGAAAAGCUUGGUCAGUUGUUCACUCGAAAGUAUUCGGUAGACAGGCCAAUGGUGGACGAGAACGAGGAGGUGAGCGAGGAGCUAAAGACCAAGGAUGUGGUGGAUCUAAUGCAGCAGCAACACCAACAGCAGCAGGAUCAAGAGGAAAAACCAAAGUCAUCAUCGCAUAAGCAGCCAGACAGCGAACGAGAGUCACAUUAUGAUAACCAAAGGCAAAACAAACCAAGUCCGUAUCCGUUGUCAACGGCAGAUCUCCCAGUGGAAGCAGGACCACACAAUAAUUAUAUGAAUAAUAUCGAUCCGAGCAUCAGCUAUAAUAUGCAGUUUGUCGAUUUUAUCGAUCGCAAUGCACCGCCUGGUUUCGCCCAGAAACUGGAGAGCAUGUGGCCCUACCUGGGCCUCAGCUUUGUCACCUGGCCCAGCUAUUGGGUGUGGCGCGGCUAUCAGUGGCAAACCAAGCGCCGCACCGAAAGGAUCGGCAUGUACAUACAAAGGACCUUUCAGCAUGCCAAGCUGAUGCAGGUGGCCAUUCUGAGUCUCGGCCUGCUGAUGGCCACCUCGGCUCGCGCAUCAUCGGAGCCACUCGAAGUACAUGAAGUGUCCUACAGAUCGAAACGGAAAUGAAAACAUCUGAAGCAGCAGGCCGUGCCGGCAAUGGGGAUAAUAGUAGAUAAAAAAUUACGAAACAUUUCAGAAUAACUCGAGUCAGCAUCAAAAUUUGAAGCGAAAUUCAACAGAAAAUAUAUACAAAAU